GUGAUARUUUAUGUGGAAAUAAGAUGGAAGARAAGCCUCUUUUAGAAGAAAGGACAUCGUACGAUUCCACAGCAGAUUGUAAUAAGAGGCCUUCCUUAAAGCCCAGUUUUAGUUAUGAUCAACUACCACCAUCUAUUGCUGGAUACUUUGGAGAUAAUUACCAUUGUAUUAUCACUCGCAAUCCUCAUGACAAACAACAUACUGACAGACCGGCAUCAGGGUCAGAAAGCUCAGGCAACUCACAUGUAGACUCCCGAACUCCAAAAAAACACAGACCCAUUUUUAUAUGCUUAGUAACCUUGGUUCAUUUAGUGAUGACAGCAUAUUCAUGUAUUGUGGGGGGUAUUGAAAGUAUUGGACUUGUGUCGYACUAUGAACAUCAAACAGCACCAAAAUUUGGUUCAAUCCACAAAGCAAAGGAGAAUCAAACUCAGGAAAACUUUGGAAUUUAUCCAGGAAAAAAUAUAUUCAUUGGACCAAAUGUAUCAUUUUUGGUCAGGUYAGGGGCUUUAUAUCCACCAUGUAUGCAUAAAGAUAACAAGAUAAGUAAAAGAAUCAUCAGCCAGAAGAAAACAGAGAAGACUUUURUCUGUUGUUCAUUGAAUARUGAAUGUACCAUGAUGGCUGACAAAAGGUGUGUCUCUCUAUCUGGCGAGGUCAUUGGUAAUAGCACCACAUGUUCAUCAUCCAGUUUAAAGUGCAUUAAUGGUGUGACACUCAGACCAUGUUGUAUAGGCGUCCAUGCAAAAUGUCUCAUUGUAUCACAGAAGAAAUGUCAUAUAUUAAAAGGACAAUGGCAUAGCAACAAGUUGUUAUGCAGCGAUGUUAAUUGCUUGGAUGGUAUAUGUGGCUUGACUGGUACUUAUCAAACAUAUGGACACCAGUUCUACAGAKUUUUCACACCUAUCUUUCUACACAUUGGAAUACUUCAUUUAGUCACUAACCUUCUCUUCCAAAUUAUUGUUGGAUGCAAAAUUGAAAUAGAAAUUGGAACCAUGUGGACUGCCAUGAUAUACAUUGCCAGCGGUCUUGGAGGGAAUUUAUUUAGUGGAAUAUUUACUCCUCUAAUUCCUCAGGUUGGUGCGUCCGGAGCCCUAUUUGGUCUCAUGGGCUUAAUCCUUGUCUAUUACAUUCAAAAUUACAACCGAUUAAGACGUCCUUUUGUAGACUUGUGCGCAAUAAUAGCAGUCAUAUUAUUCAGUUUUGCCCUGGGUACGAUCCCAUACAUUGGCAACUUUGUGCAUCUUGGUGGCUUUAUCUUCGGUAUCUUAGUAACAAUCAUCGUAUCUAARUCAGMCGGGGCUUCACAGGCAGAGGUGUCUGGUCAUCGUCACGUGCGUCAAGUCGUGUGUUUCAUWCUCCUGGUCCUGAUCACAGCGAUAUCCUUCACUAUAUUUUUUACUUAUGAAAAUGACUUUUGCCCCCAGUGUAAAUAUGUCGACUGUAUUCCAUACACAUCAACGUUCUGUCCUGACAUGUCUAGUGACGGUAUCUUGAAUGCGGAUUAUCAAAACACUUAAUGUACCGUUAACUAGACAUCGAUAUUCGAGAGAUAAAGAGACUUGUAGGGWAAAUAAAUUGCGAUUUGUUUCAGUUCUCGUCUUUGACAAAAUUCAGGACAGUACUUCAUAUGUGGCGUGUAUUAACAAAUGAUAGAAAUAACGCCGGCUAAUCAAAGUAGAUGAUUAACAAUUAGACGUUAUGUUGGACUACGACUCCUUGAGGGCCGUACUCAGGGACCUCCAUUGACUAAAUGACACCGAGAGGUCUGGUUGUUUUAUUAUCCACCAAAGAGCAAUUUUGAACGAAAAAACUUUUGCUCGUCAUUUUUUCGACGAUUUUCGCUUAAUUCAAUGCUWCCAACAGUUCAGUAGCCAAUCAGAAUAUUGCAUAUCAUAGUGGAUAACUAAUAGAUCAUGUGUGGAUAAUAAAACAAGAAUAUUCAUUCCAUCAAUGAUCCCGUCCCGCUAAUAUUAUACCUUGCGUCAGAAAAAUUAAUAAUUAGGGAGUAUUUUUUAUUUGGAGGAAUGGGACACUAAAAUUGCAUUGAACCCUGUAGAAAUAAUAGACGCCUUCCCUUGGAAGACAAAAAAAUGUGGCUUCCCUUGAAUAGGAUAUGAACAUUAUGACCCUCCCAAAAAAUAUAUCUUCAUGAGUAUAAAAAUGAAGAUGUGGAUUUUUAGUAUUGUUUGGAUACAGUGACUCGGUGUCAAAGGCGCAUUUGCCGUUUACUCGGACCUUCUGGAUUGAGAUUUUCUUUUGUUCAAAUCUAUUAAUAACAGCAUCGCACACUGCAUUUUGAUUUUUGUCUUUUUUAUUAUUAGUCCAAAAAACGUUAGAGCGAAAGCUAUGCAUCGUGACCUCGAAGUUUUGAUGUUCGUUAGGAUUCUGGGUUUGCUGCGGCUUCAGCCUAUAUAUAAACCUAUAAGUUAACUCACUUUGAAUACCAAAUGUCAUGAGUAGAAAAGAUUUGUAGAUAAAUAUCUGAAUUAAAGUGUUUCUAAAGCGUUUUUAUACUAAGUUGUGCAAAAUGGACUUUCAGUCUAAAAGUAAAYGAAGUGCGAUUGCUGAUAAAAUGAAGAAGCUUUCUAAAAYCACAAAAUGGACGAUUGACGACCAGUUCAUUUUGAUGCAGAAGUUUUKAUGUCAAAUACGUGAAUAAAUUGCGCUAAUCCUUGCGGGAUCCUUGCAAAGUUACACWACCUUGUAAUUGUACCAUGAACGCAGUACUAAAUUGAAUAAGUUUAAUGUAAUGAUAUAAAAAUAAAAACGACAAAUGAUUACUGAGAAAAGACUCAUUUCUUAUAAAUAUUUAUACUUUAACAUUACUUUCUUUUUCACUAAUGCCGGCCAAAGUAACAAAAAUAGUCCCUCUUACAUGUCUUAUGUUAGUAACACAACCUAUUU